AUGGCUUACCCAUUCCAACUAGGCUUACAAGAUGCCGCAUCCCCCAUUAUAGAAGAACUUAUAAAUUUUCAUGACCACACAUUAAUAAUCGUAUUUCUUAUUAGCUCUCUAGUACUUUAUGUUAUUUCAUCCAUACUAACAACAAAACUUACACAUACCAGUACUAUAGACGCCCAAGCAGUCGAAACUAUCUGAACAAUUUUACCAGCUGUAAUCCUUAUUAUAAUCGCACUUCCAUCUCUACGUAUUUUAUACAUAAUAGAUGAGAUUAAUAAUCCAGUGCUUACAGUAAAAACCAUGGGUCACCAAUGAUACUGAAGCUACGAAUACACAGACUAUGAAGAUCUAUGUUUUGAUUCCUAUAUAGUACCAACAAAUGAUCUUAAACCAGGAGAUUUUCGACUUCUAGAAGUAGAUAACCGAGUUACCCUACCGAUAGAAUUACCAAUUCGUAUACUCAUUUCAUCUGAAGAUGUCCUGCAUUCAUGAGCCGUCCCAUCACUAGGACUAAAAACUGACGCUAUUCCAGGACGCCUAAACCAAGCAACAAUUACAUCUAAUCGCCCAGGAUUAUUCUACGGUCAAUGCUCAGAAAUCUGCGGCUCCAAUCAUAGUUUUAUACCUAUUGUCCUUGAGAUAGUGCCAUUAAAACACUUCGAAAACUGAUCAUCUUCAAUAAUUUAA